AUGCACCAUAGCUACGAGAAUGCUCUUGAAUUAUUGGAUGCGCGGCGCCGAAAAGCUCGACCAAAAGCUCCUAUAGAGACCACAGAAUCGCAGGCUGCAGCGACUCCUAGCGGUAAAAAAACUACAAGGGGUGUCCCCAGCCUGGUCGGCAUGGAUGAGUGGUUGCGGGCUUUGGGACACUCGGAACUUGACGUUGACCGGCUGAACAUAAUUCAUAUAGCUGGUACGAAAGGUAAAGGUAGUACCUGCGCUUUUACCAGUUGUCUGCUUCGAUCUCAUGGUUUGAGAACGGGAUUUCCGAAGAGCGUCGGAUUAUAUACCUCCCCUGAUCUACAAUGUAUCAGGGAGAGAAUACAGAUCGACAAUCAACCAAUAACGGAAGCUCUUUUCACACAAUAUUUUUUCGAGAUCUGGGAAGCCCUUUUAUACGCGGAGGUCGAACGACAGCCCCGUUAUCUGCAGCUUCUUGCUUUAUUGGCUUUCCAUACAUUCAUUAGGGAAGGUGUCGACGCAGCAGUAUUUGAAACACACCAUGGCGGAGAGUAUGAUGCUACGAACGUGAUCCGAAGGCCCAUUGCGACUGGAAUCACAUCUCUGGGGAUGGACCACGUUGAACAACUUGGGCCCACACUUGAAGAUAUCGCUUGGCACAAAGCGGGAAUAUUCAAAGCCGGAACACCUGCAUUCUCCGUAACACAGGAACGUAAUGUUGUUGAGAUUUUGCGCAGCCGUGCCGCGGAAAAAAAGACGGAUUUGAUGUUUGUUUCAAUGAACAGCUCUCUCCCUGUCAAUGAUAGGGUCCUGGGUGUCCCGGUCCAGCGAUUGAAUUGCUCUCUCGCCCUUGAGCUAGCAAGGUCUUUUGUGCACAGCAAGACACCUGAUCACAUCUUAGAGUCCAAGGACAUUUCGAGUGGCGUUGAGAGUUUUUCAUGGAUUGGGAGAUUUGAAGUUAUAUUAGAUGGAACAAUACGAUGGUUCUUGGAUGGUGCCCACAACACAUUGAGUCUCACGCAGGCGGCGGAAUGGUUUUCUUCAUACUCUUCAGCCACACAAAAGUAUGAGCGUGAUGGAGUAGCUCUAGUGGAAUGCCUGGCUCGUUCACUUUCAAAACAUAACGCAAGACCAGACUAUGUCAUCUUCACUACAUACCAGGAAAGAGAGGAUGGAUCUACACGAAUAGACAAAACCUUGAAAGUGCCCGAGAUUCCGUUUCCUGACUUUUGCACUAUAUACUCUUCACUCUGGGUUGAACUUGAACCCAAAGCUGCAGUCUCAACCGAGCCAAAUAUCGAGGGGGCAAUUAGGUUUGCAAAGCAGUUAGGCGCGCAGCGAGAUGGAAUGGAGGUCCUUGUGACGGGAAGCUUGCAUCUGGUUGGGGGGGCACUUACCUUUUUGCGGCCGUAA